CGCCCAUCCAAAUACUCACGAUGCCGCCGCUCAAAAAGAGGAAAACCAGCCAUGGCUCCAAUGUGGACAAGCCCAAAAAGGCAGACACGCCGUCUGAACCUUCAGAUUCCGGCAGCGAUGCAGCUGAUGUCGACGAAGCAGAUAUCGACGAGGAGUCCGCGCCCCGUCCGACCACAUUCAAAGAGUUGGGAAUAAUUGACUCACUUUGCGAAGCGUGCGAAUCACUCGGAUACAAAGCUCCCACACCGAUCCAGGCCGAGUCAAUACCUCUAGCUUUGCAGGGUCGAGAUCUUAUUGGGUUGGCCGAGACUGGCAGCGGCAAGACGGCUGCGUUCGUGCUUCCCAUCCUGCAAGCACUGAUGGAGAAGCCGCAACAACUACAUUCCUUGAUUCUGGCUCCGACAAGAGAAUUGGCAUACCAGAUCUCACAGGCGGUGGAGGCUCUCGGAUCGCUAAUAGCAGUCCGAUGCGCAGUAUUAGUAGGUGGCAUGGACAUGAUCCCUCAAUCCAUCGCCCUAGGAAAGAAACCUCAUGUCAUCGUUGCCACACCCGGGCGCUUGCUGGAUCACCUUGAAAACACCAAGGGCUUCUCCCUGCGACAAUUGAAAUACCUAGUCAUGGACGAAGCCGACCGUUUGCUCGACCUUGACUUUGGCCCGAUUCUUGACAAGAUUCUGAAAAUCAUCCCAAGGGAAGGCAGAAAAACGUAUCUCUUCUCAGCAACCAUGUCAAGUAAAGUGGAAUCUCUACAGCGAGCGUCUCUGUCGAAUCCGCUACGAGUCGCCGUCUCUCAAGACAAGUAUCAGACGGUUUCAACCCUGAUACAAACCUACCUCUUCAUUCCCCACAAGCAUAAGGAUCUCUAUCUGGUACACACGUUGAAUGAACUCGCCGGUCAGACGGGAAUCAUAUUCACAAGAACAGUCAACGAGGCACAACGGCUUUCAAUAUUACUAAAGACACUUGGAUUCUCCGCUGUCCCGAUUCACGGUCAGCUAUCACAACAGGCUCGAUUGGCAGCAUUGAAUAAAUUCCGUGCGAGGUCUCGGAAUAUCCUGGUCGCUUCGGAUGUCGCAGCACGAGGUCUUGAUAUUCCCUCCGUUGAUCUCGUGGUGAAUUUCGAUCUCCCUCAUGACAGCAAGACAUACAUUCACCGGGUGGGCCGCACGGCGAGAGCAGGGAAGAGUGGCAAAGCCAUCUCAUUUGUCACUCAGUAUGACGUUGAGCUUUGGAUGAGAAUAGAAGGAGCACUCGGGAAAAAGCUCAAAGAACAUGAGACGGUCAAGGAAGAAGUAAUGGUUCUAGCAGAGAGAGUUGGAGACGCCCAAAGAGCUGCUGCGAUGGAGAUGAAGGAGCUGCACGAGAACAGGGGCAAAAAGGGCGCCACGCUGCGACAUAAGCGGACCGGUAAAGGCGCAGGGCCCGGUGGAAAACGUGGUCGCGAUGACAUGGAUCAAGAUGAGGGUUAAUGUUCAAAGGAUGGUUCCGAUUCGGUGAGCCAGAAUGAUGCCCGCAUACGAAAACGAAAUCUCUUCAAGC